AUGCUGCCUUUUCCGUCUCUGUGGGCUUUCGCCUGUGUAGCUGCUCUGAUCAAGCCGUCCUUAGGUCAAUUUCCUCCGGCACCCGAGGGAGUGACGGUACUUAAUUCGAAGUUCAAUGAGAACAUCACGAUUAGCUACAAAGAGCCCGGACUCUGCGAAACAACCGAGGGCGUGAAGUCGUACGCCGGAUACAUUCAUCUCCCUCCCGGAACCCUCGAGGGCGUGGGCCAAGAGCAGGACUAUGCCAUCAACACGUUCUUCUGGUUCUUCGAAGCCAAGAAUGAUCCUGAGAAUGCCCCUCUCUCAAUUUGGUUGAACGGCGGCCCCGGCAGCUCUUCGAUGCCUGGUAUCUUCAACGAGAAUGGUCCCUGCUACAUCAAUGAGGAUUCCAAUUCUACGACCCUCAGAGACUGGUCAUGGAAUGACAAUGUCAACAUGCUGUACAUUGAUCAGCCUGUUCAAGUCGGGUUCUCAUACGACUCCCUGCGGAAUGUCACCAGGGACUUGUUUGCCGGAGUACAAACUCUGAACGCUUCCGAUCCAAUACCGGAACAAAAUGCCACGUUCCAGACAGGCACGUAUGCGAGUGGCGACCGCAAUACGACAAGCUGGGGUAGCCGAAACGCCGCCAUCGCCCUGUGGCAUUUCUCCCAGGUAUGGUUCCAAGAGUUCCCUGGCUACCACCCCAACGACGACCGAAUCAGCAUUGCCACGCAGUCUUAUGGUGGCCGCUAUGGGCCGGCCUUUGCAGCCUACUUCCAGGAACAGAACGAGAAGAUUGAGAAUGGUACCUGGGACGGCACCGAUGGGGAGAAGUACAUCUUGGACCUGGACACGCUGCUCAUCGUCAACGGCUGCAUCGAUCGUCGAGUCCAAUGGCCUUCAUACCCCGAGAUGGCCUUCAAUAACACAUAUGGAAUCGAGACAGUCAACGAGACGGUCUAUGAAGGAAUGGUGGACGCAUUUUACCGUGAGGGCGGUUGCCGAGACCGGAUCGACGCCUGUCGUGAGAUCUCAGCCAUCUAUGACCCAGAUAACAUCGGCAUCAACGCAACUGUCAACGAUAUUUGCGAGGAUGCUGAGACGUAUUGCACGAACAACGUUCGAGACCCAUACCUUGAGAUCUCUGGUCGCGACUACUACGAUGUUACCCAGAUUGACCCAACACUAUUCCCGCCGCCGUUUACCCCAGGCUAUCUCAACCAGGAGUGGGUUCAAUCGGCCCUCGGCGUCCCGUUGAAUUUCAGCGGUAGCUCGUCCGCAUCUUCGUCGGCAUUCCGCGACAUCGGUGACUAUCCUCGUCCAGGCUGGAUCGAGGACAUUGCGUAUCUGCUAGAGAACGGAAUCAAGGUCUCACUUGUAUACGGCGAUCGAGACUUCGCAUGCAAUUGGAUUGGCGGCGAGCAAGUAUCCCUCGCCAUCCCAUGGGAAGAACAAGACAACUUCGCUGCAUCAGGCUACCAGCCCCUCGUGACCAACAGCAGCUACGAGGGCGGCCAGGUGAGACAGUACGGCAACCUGUCGUUCAUCAGGGUAUACCAGGCCGGCCACGCCACUCCUUCCUAUCAGCCUGAGUCCGCCUACCGUAUCUUUAACCGGGCUCUUUCCAACCGCGACAUUGCAACCGGCGAGAUCGAUACCGCGACAAAUACUACAUAUGGUACUGUAGGUCCGGCAGACACCUUUGGAAUCAAGAAUGAGGUGCCCCCUCAGUACGAAGACUUCUGUUAUGUGCUUGACCCAAGCACGUGUACAGAGGAGCAGGUUGCGGCUCUGCGUGACGGCACUGCUGUCAUCGAGAACUAUAUUAUGACCGAGCCAGCUUAUACCACUGACUCGAUUCGUGGUGUCAAGGUUAUGGCACGAGAAAUAAUUGAUGGGCAGUAG